GGCCGAGCCGGGCUGAGGGAGGGAGAAGGAGGCGGAGAGCUUCGGGCAUGGCGGCGCCCGGCGUGCUGCAGCGGAGCGUGGUGCUCCCCGCGGGCCGGCACAGCGCCUCCCUCAUCUUCCUGCACGGCUCAGGUGAUACUGGCCAAGGAGCAAGAACAUGGAUAAAACAAAUUUUGAAUCAAGACAUGGCUUUCCAGCAUAUAAAAGUAAUUUAUCCAACAGCUCCUGCCAGGCCAUAUACACCCAUGAAAGGAGCGUUUUCCACUGUGUGGUUUGACAGGUAUAAGAUCUCUAAUGACUGUCCAGAACACAUUGAAAGCAUUGACUCUAUGUGUCAGGGACUUACAGACUUGAUCAAUGAUGAGAUUAAAAAUGGCAUCGCAAAGAAUAGGAUACUAAUAGGAGGCUUUUCAAUGGGAGGUGGAAUAGCAAUGCAUUUAGCAUAUAGGUUUCAUCAAGAUCUGGCAGGAGUCUUUGCGCUGUCUAGUUUUCUCAAUAAAGACUCUGCUGUUUACCAGACUUUGAAAAGAAAUGAAAGCGUCCUUCCAGAAUUAUUUCAGUGUCAUGGAACUGCGGAUGAAUUAGUUCUCUACUCUUGGGGUGAAGAAACCAACAAGAUGUUAAAGUCACUGGGAGUAUCAACAUCCCUUCAUACUUUUCCAAACCUUAAUCAUGAGUUAAACAGAACUGAAAUAGAAAAACUAAAAACCUGGAUUCUAAAGAAAUUGCCCACUGAAGCAGAGACAAAUGAAUAAAAGAUGCAGCUUUCAUAUACUUUCUGAUGUUUCUGGGUUUAAUAUCAUAUAUACUAUAUAAGCACACUUUCAGGUAAACACUUAUAUUCCAUACAGUUCACUUAAGUACUGACAUGAUGGUGCUGACUAUUAAAACUCACUUUAUCAUAUGGGUUUCUUUUUCUGUUUUGCCCGGUUUUUGAAGACGCAUCCAUGUCAGUCUAUGGGACAUAAUGACUGAUAAUAUUAAAAACAUUCUUAAAUAAUAAAACAAUAUUCAGGAAGUAA